AUGAAGCGUGGGCACGAGGCUAAUGACGGCCACGAGCAGUCAAAACGUUUGCGUCGCUCUCGCUGGGGCGACACUGACGACGAGAAAGAUACGUCAACAUCUACAAGUCAAACGUCUGCAAGUCCUAAAGCUUUAAGUGAUAUUGUAAAGCGACUGUCGAGUGUCGUGAAGGAAAAGACGACGCCCGAAGAGCUCCAGAUUGCAGCCACGCGGCCUUUAAUUGGAGCAAGUGGUCAAUUGGAUGCACAAGCUGCAAGAGCACGAGCUUUGGCUCAGGCGAGUCUAUUGUCACUAAAUCUACCGGGUACGAAUGUCUCACCUAAUGACUUGGCACGACGAUUGUACAUUGGCAAUCUAUACUAUGACCUCAAGGAGGAAGACAUUCGCAACGCCUUUGCGCCGUUUGGAGUGAUUCACUCGAUUGACUUGUCAUUGGAGCCCGGUGCAUCACGUUCAAAGGGGUUUUGUUUUUUGGAGUAUGAUGACGUUCUAGCAGCUGAAAGUGCUGUACAAGUGCUUAAUGGAACACCGUUGGCCAACCGAACUAUGCGAGUUGGUCGACCGCAUCGUGGAAAUACAAACCCGAAUGAUUCGCUCUCGAUCGGACAAGAGGCAAUUAAGAAUGUACCGACCAAGUGCGUCUACAUUGCUAACGUUCGUGCGGAGCUACAUAGUCAGCACUUGGAGAGCAUCUUCUCUCCUUUUGGAGCUGUUCGUGCGUGUGUCAUGGCGGCGAUCUCACCCGUGGAACCUGGACUGCACCGCGAAUAUGGCUUUAUGGAGUUUGUAGAGGAGAGCUGCGCACUGAGUGCGAUUCAGCAUAUGAACGGUUUUGAACUAGCUGGUCAACCACUUAAAGUGGGCAAGGCGAGUGAGGCAGCUAUGUUGCUUAACCUUGCCACUAGCCAGGACAAGGUAGUGCGCGACGGCUCAGGUGUCACAGUGGAUGGGGCCAAUGGAGUAGCCGAGCCGGAAAAAAAGACGAUUUUUGCUGAAGAUGACGUCGAAGGCGUGAAAGACGUCGCAGAUGGCGACAGCAAGUGCUGUCUCUGCUUAGUGAACCUCGUAAACUGUGGUGAAGUGGACGACGAGGUCGAGGACGAGGUGCGUGGCGAAUGUGGCAAGUUUGGUACCGUCAAGAAAGUGGUAAUCCACGAGCUGGCAGACCACGUGCGCGUGUUUGUGGUGUUCGAAAAUGCAGCUGGAGCUUUGAAGGCCAAGCAGGCUUUGCACGGUCGAUUUUUUGGUGGGAAUCAGGUACAGGUGCACAAGUAUUCGCUGCAUGAAUUGGAGCAGCAGCGUUACACGAGUGGAUUUCUGUAA